AUGCAGCCAUUUUCCAUAUACAGGAGUAAUAUAGAAAGCCUAAGAGAUUACUUUGGCAAAUUCGGCGAAAUCACAGAAGUAAUGGUUAUGAAAGAUCCCACAACGAGGCGGUCGAGGGGAUUCGGGUUCAUCACAUUUGGCGACCCCGCUAGUGUAGACAAAGUAUUAGCUCAAGGAACACAUGAAUUAGAUGGAAAAAAGAUUGACCCCAAAGUGGCCUUCCCCAGGAGAGCACACCCGAAGGUAAGCGAAUGA